AGGGCGUCCCGAGGCCGUAGCUAUAGAGCCAGUCACCCCGGCCCCCUUGUUGCUAUAUACGUCAGCACGUAGGAGCACGUCUGUCGUUGCUAGGGGAGCUCAACGUGCAGGGGGGAUGACGUAGUGACGCCGCGGUGCCGAGCCGAGGAAGGGGGGGGGUGCAGCUGCCGCUACCACCGCUCCGGCCGAAAUGAAUAUGUGCAGUAUGUGAAUUUAAUUACUUCUGUCUUCAUGGAGGAUUGCACACUGUGACAAAGUUCCUGCGCUACCUUGGCUGCCAAUACCAUCACUUCAUCAAGAUGAGUAAUAGUCACCCACUCCGUCCUUACACAGCUGUGGGGGAAAUUGACCAUGUUCACAUUUUGUCAGAGAAUGUUGGUGCUCUGAUGAAUGGGGAGGAGUAUAGUGAUGUUACCUUUAUUGUAGAAAAGAAACGUUUUCCUGCACAUAGAGUGAUUCUGGCUGCCAGAUGCCAUUAUUUCAGAGCAUUAUUAUAUGGUGGAAUGAGAGAAUCUCAGCCUGAAGCAGAAAUCCCUCUUCAGGAUACCACUGCAGAAGCAUUUACAAUGCUGCUGAAAUAUAUCUACACAGGCCGUGCUACGUUAAGAGAUGAGAAAGAAGAGGUACUCCUGGAUUUCCUGAGCCUGGCUCACAAAUAUGGAUUCCCAGAAUUGGAGGAUUCCACUUCUGAAUAUCUUUGCACCAUACUUAAUAUUCAGAACGUUUGUAUGACCUUUGAUGUUGCCAGUCUCUACUCACUCCCUAAACUGACUUGUAUGUGCUGUAUGUUUAUGGAUAGAAAUGCUCAAGAGGUGCUCUCCAGCGAAGGCUUUCUGUCACUUUCUAAGGCUGCUCUUCUAAAUGUUGUGCUGAGGGAUUCAUUUGCAGCACCUGAGAAGGAUAUUUUCCAGGCUUUGAUGAACUGGUGUAAACAUAACCCCAAGGAGAAUCAUGCUGAAAUCAUGCAGGCAGUACGCUUACCCCUGAUGAGUCUGACAGAGCUACUAAAUGUUGUAAGACCUUCUGGAUUGCUGUCGCCUGAUGCCAUUCUGGAUGCCAUUAAAGUCCGUUCUGAAAGUCGGGACAUGGACCUCAACUACAGGGGCAUGCUAAUACCAGGUGAGAACAUUGCAACUAUGAAAUAUGGAGCCCAGGUUGUAAAAGGAGAGCUGAAGUCUGCUUUGCUAGAUGGGGACACACAGAAUUACGACUUGGAUCAUGGUUUUUCCCGGCACCCGAUUGAUGAUGACUGCCGUUCUGGCAUUGAAAUUAAACUAGGUCAGCCGUCGAUAGUCAACCACAUACGAAUACUACUCUGGGACAGAGAUAGCCGGUCUUAUUCCUACUAUAUUGAGGUGUCCAUGGAUGAGCUAGACUGGAUCCGUGUGAUCGAUCAUUCUAAAUAUCUUUGUCGGUCCUGGCAGAAGCUAUAUUUUCCUGCCCGUGUCUGCAGGUACAUCCGAAUAGUUGGCACCCACAACACAGUGAACAAAGUUUUCCAUAUUGUGGCAUUUGAAUGCAUGUUUACCAACAAAACCUUCACUCUUGAGAAAGGUCUUAUAGUUCCCGCUGAAAAUGUUGCAACAAUUGCAGAUUGUGCCAGUGUGAUUGAGGGUGUAAGUCGAAGUCGCAAUGCCUUGUUGAAUGGAGAUACAAAGAAUUAUGACUGGGAUUCCGGGUACACGUGUCAUCAGCUAGGCAGUGGUGCUAUUGUGGUACAGCUAGCACAGCCAUUCAUGAUUGGAUCAAUACGGUUACUUCUCUGGGACUGUGAUGAUCGGAGCUAUAGUUACUACAUUGAGGUUUCCACUAAUCAGCAGCAAUGGACGAUGGUGGCUGAUCGAACAAAAGUUUCCUGCAAGUCUUGGCAAGCAAUAACUUUUGACAGACAACCUGCAUCCUUCAUCAGAAUAGUUGGAACUCACAACACAGCUAACGAGGUGUUUCACUGUGUGCAUUUUGAGUGUCCAGCACAAAACAGUGCCCACAAGGAAGAGGGUAACGAGGAAGUGGCAACAGCAGAACUGGGCACUGGCACACAACAGCUUGUUUCUCGCCCAGUUCGAGCCUCAAGCACCAGUUCUCUGCACUCCCUCACUGGAUCCACCUCACGUACACAUGCUCACCAACCAUAAAGGAGAGUGUAAAGGAGCUUUUGCAGUCUCCAUGAUGCUAUACGAAAUUAUUCACAACCUUCUUGUACAGGCACCUUUUUUCUUGUUCUCUCAGUGAACAAAGGGGACCAUGCCUGGCAGCUGGAAAUGCUGAAAAGGAAAAGGCUUUCCAAGGACACAAAGGGGCUGCUUCACUCUCUUCAAUUUGUUCAAAUCAGGCUGGUCUCCGGGGGGAUAAAAUAGAUCUUCAAUCUAUAUCAAGUCCCCCAUUAACACCCUACCUCUUUAAUCUAACCAAGGAAAGGAGAAUGGAAGGAAAUAAAAGGCAGAGCCAGAUUGGAAUACAAAAAUGGCAUAUGAACCGUAGACUGGAAGGAAUAUAAAUUAAGUAUUUGUUACCUGAAGGCACCGAUUAGGAAACAGAAUGAUGAUCUUUAUGACAUCACUAGGGAAAAUAGAUUGUUUUUAUUUUUUUAAAUUAUUCUUAAUCCAUAUUCCUUUGUAAAUGAUAAGCUGUUUUCUAAAUCCUUUUGACUGGGUGUCCGACUUUUCCCUUAUUUUCAGCUGUAUUACAUACAGUACAAUAGAUUAGGGAAGUAACAGGCAUGUAUAUCACCUGGUAUGACAAGGAAAAAACCCUCAUGAUAAAAACAAAUCAAUUCAUGGAUGCUGUAUUUAAUUCUGACUUUACUUGAAUUGUUGAGUUACGAAAUUGUCAUUUCUUAUCUAUGUUCCAAGUGGGAAAUUCCUAGUCAAGCUUCCAAUUUGACAAGUAGAUAACUAUCUGCUUAAUUCAAAGAUGAUUCUUCAAGUUUUACUUAAAUUUCUACAAAAAUUAUUGUAAUUUGUCAAAUGUGGUGUUUGUGUUUAGAAAAGCAGAAUUACAGCUGACCACUGGCAUGCUGCUGAUCAGACUCAGCAAUACAAAAAUGAGAAUUUGCAGUCAAAAAUAUUUUAAAGAAAAUAAUAGACUACAGUGUUCAGCUAGGGAUUUAAAAAGCCGCUUAUACACUUUUCUCAUAAUCUUCAUGGAAAAAAAUUAAUGUAACUAUUGUGGUUUGAUCUGACUCUUCAUUGGUUCUUGCUUUAGUAAUUUACAUCUCAGUGUUAACUGUCCUACUUGUCCUUUGUAACUUGAUCAGAUUAUCUGCUUUUUUUCUUAAUCUUGAGCAUUUUCACAUUGUGAUCACCUGGAUCCUCUAAUCUCCAGUCCAUGUGACUUAGCAAAAGCUCCACAUCUCACUGGGCUUGCCCGUGUGGGAAGAAGAGGUUCUGUUUUACACAAUAUUGAUGUCAUUGGCAAAAAUAAUUAGGAAAGAUUGAUAUUUCUUCUGAAGUACAUGAUCUUUGGAGCAUCUAUUGUUCAAGUUUAUCGACCUGGAAUUUUUUUUCUGUUGGUCUAAUACACCUUUGCCAGAGCAAAACAAGAUGACAAGUCAGAGUUAGUCAAGUCAAAUAUGAUUUUCCUCUGCUUGAACAUAAUGAUAUAAUGAGUUGUAUAUCAAUCUAUCACACUGCUUAACCUGAAAGAAUUUCUUUCUGAAUACCAGGUGGGCUGAAAGCAUGAAGGAACAGAUAGCAUGGUGGCUACAAAACAGCAGAGACUUGACAGAGAAAAAAAGAAAUGUUUCCUCUUUCUGAUAUAUUUCCUGUAAAGUUGAAUAACUUUGGCAAUUUUAUCUUUUUUUCCUUAUCGCCAGACCCAUCUUCAGUCUUUCUCAUGUUAGCUCCUGUAUUCCCUCCCCAAACCGUUUGCCCCCAUUGCCUGAAUCAAGAUGGUUCUUACUGGAGAUGCAUGGACAUUACGUGAUACAUUUUAUUAGGUGUCAUGGCUUCCCCUCAUAGUGCUUAGUAGAGGUGCUCUGCAUGUGGAAUGUUGCUCAUGAGCCAUCAGCUAGCACUGGCUGCUGAUUACCACAUUUAUUUAGCAUAGUGGAAUUCAGACUAAGUAUUGGGUACAGAGCUCUUUGAUUAACUUCAAGUACAGAGGUAGAAAAUUUUAGACUAAACUUUUAUUUAAAAAGAAACAAACAAAAAUCCCUUGACAAUUGUAAUCUUUGCUGGACCUACUGAGUUGCAUGGAGCCUGCCUUGUCUUUCUUGGGUUGAUCCUUCAGCAUCAGAGUUGACAUUGGCAAGAGACUACAAAUAAAUUAACAACUAAUUUCACCAUUCUCAGACUGUGAAUAAACAAAUUACAUCAUUUUCCAGUUUUGUUAGCUCUAAUUGCCACCAUUGUAGGGAGUGUUGUAACAUGAGAAUGAAAUAGAUCUGUACCAAUUGUCCCUGGGUUUAGACUCUCACAGACGAAGUGCAGGGUUUUGAAUGUAUACUUCCCAGACAUGGACAAUUAUUUUGUAGAAUACUGCUGAGCCAAAAAAAGACUCUUUAGAAGCCAUCAGUCUACACCCCUCCUUCUGGCAUUCUCUCUGAUCUUGCCCUCUGAGGCUUCAUAGAUCAAAGAUAUCUAUAUAUUCUAGAUUUCUUAUUACAUCUACUAGCCACCCAGGCCUCUAUUCACCCCAGUUUUGGGACAUGAAGAAUUUGAAAGAUUAACCUAUAGCAGAGUACAUGUGAGAGAUUCUCAAAGUGCAGAGCAACAGGAUCUGUAGAACUUCAAAUAUCCAAAAAAAGUAUGUCAGCCACAGCUGAGAUAAAUUACCUCAUCCUUCCUCACAAACAAAUAGGAAUUUUUUAACAUUAUGAUUCCCCAUCACAUCAUGCCACUUUCACACACCUGUUAGUCCCCUCUCUGAUAAUUAUUUGUGUUUUGAACCUGUCUCUGAAGUGAGUCAUUGUGUCUGUGUUGGCACAGAAUUUUCAAACCUUUGCAAGCCAAAAUAACCCCACCACUUUCCAUUUUGUGGUUUGGAUCUUUUAGUCUUGUAUAACGAGUAAUGUUGGUGGUUUUGGAGUUGUAUGUUUUGAGCAUCUCAUUUUUGCUCAGUCUUUAAAAACCCACAAAAUCUAUUUAUUGCCUGGUAUGCUCUUCUGCCAUGAACAUUCUCUUCCAAUAUAAUGUGCCAGUGGUGAGGCAGGAGGAUUAAUUUAUAUUUUGGUAUAAAUGUAUAUGGUAUAAUGGUAUAAAGUCUCAGCUUUUUCCAGUUCUUUUAUAGAUUUUCUUCAUUGUGGGAUUGCUGCUUAAUUGAAUUCUGGUAUUCAUGUAUGAUUUUUGUCAACCCUGCUCUGAGUUUUUAGCUUGUUUCUUGAUGGAAAGAACUAAAAGCAUAGUUGAGCUGCUUAGAUGUACCAUUAAAAAGUGUGUCCCUUCAGGAUGAUGGGAUAUAUACAGGUACUCUGAACUAUGUAGCAUACAUGUAUAUUUUAUCUGUGACUGAGAUAGAACAGGACUGACCAGAUGUUCUCUUGUCUCCUGUCAGACUAUAAGAGUUUUGUUGUUAGAUCUCUAUGCUAAUAGCAUUUGUUUAUAUUCUCACUCUAGAGACAUUGUUUCUAUUUAGCACUUAAAUUGACUUUGACAUUAAAAACGAUAAACUCCACCCUCAGUUUUUCCCUAUUCUUUUUCAUUUCCUCUGUUUUCUCCCAAUGCUAGCUUCAGUUUAGACUAGCAUCAAGCUCAUGUGGUGCUCAGCAGAGUUACCUUUAAAGUUUCCUUUUUUAAUUAAGUGUCUCUUUCUUCCAAAUACAUUAAAAACACUUUUAUUCCCAGAAACGUCUGGCACCAAACCAAACUAUAUUUUCAGCAAGAGCAGGCCGUAUUUUAAAACUGAUUUCUCUGGGAAAAUGAGUUUUUGAAUUGAGCAAAAAUUGCUUGGCUCUGUUUUCCAAACCAUUGUCAAACAACCCUACAAACAAGCUCCUGAAAGAUCAGUUUAGACUUUCUUUAAUUUAAAAAGCAACAAAAAUAUAAUUUUGUCUUUCUCUAGCAAAGGAAACUAGUGUACCACUGAAAGAAGCAAGUAUUUUUAUUUUUCCAUGGAGGGACAUUUGAUAAUGCAGAGGCACAGUUUCCCAUUUCAUGAGCCUUCAUUUAAGAAGUUCCUUUUGACAAUGAAGCAAUGUGGUAAAAAGCAAAGAAAAUUAAAUUUGUUUUCUUCCAGGAAUUUGCAGUGUGUACUUUUUAUUUUUACGUUAUCUUCUGCAAAAGUAACAUGUUCAGUUUGAACUAUAACAAAACAAGUGAAUCCAAGGCUGAUGUGAGACAUUUAGCACAGAGGUGAAAUUAGCCUUUUUCAUGUAGAGGAAACUUGGUGCUUCAGUGCAGUUUGCUUCCUCUGGAGCUCCAUUUAUUUCUCUUUCUUUAGAAAUCAAUUCUGCAUGUUUGUCCUGACUACAACUCCCACUGGAGUUCAGUGCUUAUUAGUGCUGUGGAAAAUUCUAAUGCAGUUAAUGUAUCUUCACCUUAAUGUAUUUUUAUUAUUAUAACAUUAAAUUAGAGAAUUUUCUGUAUUGUAUCCGCUUUGACAAGUUGGUAGGCUCUUCUGAUAGAGGAAGAAGGUGAAAGGUCAUGAUUAAGGCGCUAUUUGAAUUGUGGGAUGAUUGUCAUAUAAUUGCGGUUGAGUCGCGGACAAGACAUGGGAAAUUGCGGAAAAGUAAUAAUGGGCCUAUAUUAUUUGCAGUAACUUGGAAAAUGCGCUCCCUCUGUCAGCCGUGCAUGGGAUUGACAGUGGAAGCUCCCAGUGUCAGCCACCUGGCUGAUGGACGGGGCUCCUGCUGUCAGCCGUGCACGGGGCUGAGGGCCAGGGCUCCCACUGUCAGCGCCCAUCUGAUGGACGGGUUCCGCUGUCAGCCCCGCGCAUGGGUAGACUCCUGCUGUCAGCUGCCAAACUGACAAAAUUGCAGUGGAAACCUUAUAUUGCAGAAUCCCCAAUGUCUGCAAUAUAAGUAGGGCCUUAGUCAUGAUGUUGGUAAUUCAAUACUGUAGGUAAAUGAAACCGAUUUUUCAGGGUUUCUUCAAUUGACAAAAUAUGAAGUUUUAAUAUCUACAGAUCAUUUAACAAUAUUAUGCAUAGCCAGAGUCAGUGCAGAGACUAGAAGGUAAAGUUACUAGAGUUUAUUAUUGCAUUGUUAGAUAGAGCUACUAGUUCUGUUGGACCAAAAUGUAUGCGAUGCCCACCCAAGAAUAUAAAAUAUGGAAUCAGAGACUAGACUAACUCAGUUUUUGAACUUUUCUGGCAAAUGGGAAUUUUGUAAUUAUUUUCCUUUUAGGAAGUAUUUGUUGUCUUUAUAUAAGUUUUGCAAGGUGCUCAGAUACCAUUGGGGUGAGUUUGGAAUACGUUUUUAGGAAGUUAUAGUAGUGAUGGUUGUAGCCAUUAGGAAACAUCAAAGCCAGUUAAAAACAACAAUCUUCUGCAUGCAUAAAGUCAAAUUAGCUGCCAUGGUGCAAGGACAUAUUUUAGAAAUAUUAAUUUACAGGUUCCAAAGUCUAGGGCCUGAUUACCCACUGCCUCCCAAUUGUGUAUCUAUUAAUGAUUUAUUUAAGCUACAGUCUUGAUCUUGUAAGUUAAUUGAUUGCCUGCUAAUUUGAAUUAACUAAUAGAAUUGUAAAGUGCAGUGUUGGUGUAGCCAUGGCAGUCCUGGGACAUUAGAGAGAGAAGAUGAGUGAGGUAAUAUCUUUUAGUGGACCAACUUCUGUUGGUGAAAGAGGCAAGUUUUUGAGCUACACAGAGCUCUACCUGAAGAAGAGCUCUGUGUAGCUCAAAAGCUUGUCUCUUUCACCACAGAAGCUGGUCCAGUAAAAGAUAUUACCUCACCCACCUUGCCUAGACAGUUGUAAAAGUUAAUCUAGAUGCUCCAAAAACCUGUGUUCUAAGAUACAAAUGCUUAUUUCUGGUCCCGAUCUCUCCGUGUAUUCCAAAGCUUGGGGCAGCUAGACAAGCAUUUAAAGUUUUGUUAGUGAACUUAGGCUAAUAGGUAAAUUGAUGAACUUGAGUUACAACAGAAUCAGGUACUCUGGUCUAGAUGAGGCCUUGCACCUGUGCAACUGGGUAUAAAAUGCUACUAUUGUAAUUUGGUAGCAUAUUACACCCUUUUUAUGGUCACUUAAAAGUGAUGUACACAAGGUGUGAAACAGUGGACAUUCAAGCCCGGGGUGUUCAUGUUGUUCCCAGUUGAGGGAUGUUUGUAAUUUGGCUGUAAGUAACACACAUAAAAUAGAGCAAAUUGCAUAUAUCCAUCUUCAGGACAAUAAUGCAGUCCGUAGACACUACAGGUCCCACUUGGCUCCCUUGUAUGCUGUGACCUGUUGUCUCCCUGGAGUGAACGUCCAUAUUAAAAAUUAGGGUGUUUGUGGAAGUGUGCAGGCUGUACUUUAGCCAGCUCUCCUACACGUGAUUUUUGUGAGUGUCAGUUGGAAAUCCACAAGCACUCAUUAGAAAGCUUUGACUGAUAUGAGUAGGAAUUGUGCCCACAUAUUAUGGCAAAAUUGGGUUCUUUGUUUUAGAUUUAAAAUGCUUCAGUAGCAGUUUAAACUUUUGAAAUUGCCAUGUAGCUUAUCUUAGACAAAGGGAAUCCAAGAUGACAACUGUGAUAUAUGGGAUUCUCAUGGGGGGAAACUGAAAAUUCCUGCCAUUUUCCCAUAGGAUGGCUACAAUUUACAGCUGAUGGAAGUUGAGUUACACAUCACUUACGUUUAGUUACUCAUGCAUUUUAUUACUGUAACAUAUAUGAAUGGUGGCAGUAACUGAAUAACAAACCUUACUCAGAGUAAUAAUACCCUGCUGGCAUAAGUCAUUAUUAGCGAAAUCAGAGAAUUAUCUCUUCGCCCACCUCCUCACCCCCAGUCUAAUAGAAUGAUAAGUAUAACUUUUUUCAGAGCAUUGAGCUGUAUCCCUUACAUAAAUGUGCUGGGAAUUGCAGUUCAGACUGCAUCAGGUAAACCACUAAAAUCCUCAUAUAGGGAGUAAACAGGAGCCCCCCACUGUUACUACAGGCCCUGAGCUGUAGUAGAGGCAAUGGAAGUGCUGUGGGACUGCAUUGUUGGUGCAAUAUAAAAACUAACAAUGUAUCCCCAGAACUUUCACUAGAACUAUUUCCUUAUUGAUCACCUCAGCCCAUGCAUUAUUUGUGUGCAAUCCCAAUGAAUCAAACCCCAGUUAACAGAAGGUAAGCUUGUUUCCCAGGAUUUUCAGUGCUGUCUGGUGAGUCAUGAAAGCUGGCAGAAACAUCAACAACACUCUAUAGUAUGUUUGUGUGAGGGUUCUGGGGCAUAUACAGAACUGACUUAAAUAUCCUAUCAAACAAAAUGCUGUUUAUCUGAAGGUGUCAAAUGUCUCCUGAAACCUUUGGAUAAGCAGGGUUGUAUUGUACUUAUUCAGACCAGUGCCUACACCUUGAGACCGUGCGCCAUGUAAUCUGACUCAAUAACAAUUAUUGAAGCGUCUCUCUAAACAAACACUAGUAAACUUACACACCUACAAGGAAAUACAGUAGUUCUUUUUCUUGGUAAUGUUUUGAGACUAUACAAAUACCUGUAGUCUCUGUGUGAUGCAGGUGAUUUAUGAUAAAUACCUAGCAUGUACAUACCUUUAUGUGUAUAGAUAGAUGGUAUAAAGAGUUCCCCUUCAAUUAAUAUUCUCCUUUUAUGAAAACAUUUAGAUAUUGUACUUCCCUUGAAGUACAGUCAGCCGCUAGAACUGUUGUCUGGCACCUUCUACAUAUGUUUAUUGCUUUUUGUUUAAUUCAGCUGCUAAAUUCUUCACAGGAAUUUCUCAUAGGAAUUUGACACAUGCAGAAACUACACUUUCAAAGGAAUCACAAAUGGCUUCAUUACUAAGGACCUGAAGCAGGUUCUUUCUGCUUUCUACCUUUCAGGACUAUGUGGUGCAAGAGGAAAAUAUAGAUGUGACCUGGAAAAAAUAGGAUUAUUAUUAAAAGUGGGCAGAGAUGCAGCCUAGGGUGCAAAGGGAGCUUCAAGUAACAGAUUAAAGCUAAAUGCUGGUAGGAGGACUGGGAAAUCCAAAACUUCUUAAUCUGAUACAGAGGGUUGAUAAGAUUCUGCUUUGACAUUUGUGUUUGUCCACUUGUACUCAUUUUAUAACAAAGACUUUAUUAACAUUUCCUAAUUUGGGACUGUUGUACAGAUGAAAUGCAAUUUACAGGCAUUAGGAAGUAAAUAUUUUAAAUGAUAUGAAGAGAGAUUAUAUAACAAGAGUAUGGGGUUUAACAUGGUUAAGAGUCGAAGUACACCAAUCUUAUAUUAGCGAGUGCUCUCAUAAUGAGCCAUCUGAUGAUGAGAUUGUCGUGUAGUUGCAAACAUGCACAUAUAUGCAUACAUAUAACUUAGAAAGUAUAUGUAGAUGUUUCAUAAAUCCAUGUCACCAGAAUCCUGAAAUUCAUUUGAGUCUUAUUUUUACUUAGACUCUCGUUCAUAUUUUUUUCUUUUAAUUUAAAGAAUUUUAUAAUCUAGAUUUUGUUAUGGAAAGGAUUAUAAAAAAAGUGAACAUAAAGCCAUGGAGAAUAGACUGUAAGGAACAAUGCAGAAAUAGUUUCUAGGGGAAGGGUUCAACAGGGAUGCCCCAGGCCUACCAGCUCCUCUUUUUUUGUCUCUACUCACUGCUCCUGUUUUUUUUCUCCUUUCUGCACCUAACAUAUAUUUUUCUGAAUGAUGAUGAACUAAAGGGACUUAGCUGUUCACCUCUCUGCCCCAUACCUGAGUAAUGUAUAUAAGUCCCAAUUCAUUAGAAUCCAAACUUUCAUUGUAAGUAGUAGAAAGCUGAGAAUUAUUAAGGUGCAAAGUUUAAGCCAAUCUAUCCAGGCACCAGGGAAGCACCCGCUUUCACAGUCUGCAUGCGUUGUGGCUCUGAUCAUUCACCACUGAAGUCAAUGAGGGGAUUGCAAUUGACUUCAAGGGGUGCAGGAUCAGGCUUUGUGUGGGAUUGUGUAGUUUACAUCAUGCACUGUUACCAUCAUUUCUCCACUCCUGGAAUUCACCAGUACAAUACACUGAUACAUUUAUUGUAUUGUGAGAAUAUUUUCAGUCAGCUGCACUGGCAAAAGAAAGUAUCCAUUGAGCAUGUCUUGCCAGAGCAACAAAUACAAAGUAGAUAAUUAUCUUUAGAUUCAAACAUCCCAUACAGCUAAUCUAUUCAUUUAGGACCCAAUUUCUACUAACUUACUCUGAGAAUCUUGAGACACGAGGUUCUUGUAAUAUUUUGGGUUCCUCUCUCCUAUAUUGACUUCAUUAUUAUAAUUUUUUUUAAUAGUUGGGUUUUCUUUGUGGAGUAAAUUUUAAUGCCCUUGGUUCAAAGCUCAUGAAAGAAAUGUUAGGGCCAGGCUUAAUGCAUGUGGGGCCUGUUAUGAAUUUCUCCACUCAUCUGUCAAUGGUCCUCAUUCCUGACCUGCAGCAGACUCCCUGGUCCCAUUCCUCCCCAGCAGAGACUGCCAGUUGUGCUAUAUAAUGGUGGUUUUGUGUAUUAACCGUCCUUUGCCAUCUUUCCCCCUUUACCAGGUUUCUUGAGAAUAGGCUUCCAUAGCUUGGUUCUAAACUACCUCACACCCUGUUGUGAACAGAGAUGCGCUGAUGCUAAAAUACUUGCUCUGUGAUGGAGCUGUUGGGUGCUCUUAAGAUGCCCAUAUAGAUGUAGUUAUACCAGCCUAACACGCGGUGAUUUCAUUUUUGGGAAUACUGCCCCCCAGAAAGAGGUACUUACUGGAUGAGCUCAGAGCCACACCCAUUCAGUCUCAUACUUGUCCCUCAUUCCAAGUGGAACCUUUAAGGGGCAUCGCUUCUGACAAUGGAACAUGCAAAGCAAAACACUUGCCAUAUCCAAUCUCCUCUCUGUGUUUGAAGGAACAUGACAUUUUCUGCAAUUGACUAUUGUAGCCCAUCUUUAACUGUAAAACCCUUAUAAAAAUUGCUGUAUCAGUCCUUGAUGCCUGGCUGUGAGAAAGAGCUGUGCAAUUGUGGUGAGCUGUGCCGAUCAUGUAAGAAUAAUUCCAUCCACAGCAUGCUUUGAUGACCUUGGUGGCAUAUUUUAUACUGCAGUUUAUGUGCAUUGCUAACCAUUUUGACUAAUUAGAUUUGAUGUAGAGCCCCAGUCCCAGAUUGUCCUGCAGUUAUGCAAUCAAUAACUUUGGGAAUUGUCUGGUCUUGUAAGUUUCGCAUCGAUCAAAGCAGCAAACUUCUUUAGUACUGAUUUCCUUGCUGCUUUGGGAACUCUUCACCAGUAGACAUGUACAUUACCAAACAAACAUUUUGUAACCUGGAAUUUUCUGUGAACAUUUACAUCCUUGUACGUUGUCUCCCAGAAAGCAUGUGUAUUAGUAAUGAAGGAUUUUAGAAUUGUAAAACUGAUAUAAGACAAUCCAAGCAUGCUCCAGAAUGUUUUGUAUUGAAAGAGGAUGAAAAAGCUGAUUACCUGAGGAUUUUGGAGAGCUAGCUCUGGAUUUCUUUUUCUUUUUUCUUUCUUUCUUUCUUUUUUUUUUUUUUAAGUGUUUCAAAGAGGAGCAAAACUCCUCAGAGUGAAUGCCAGACCAGACAACGCUCAAAGCAAAUGUAAAGUUGAAACUGUUAUGCUUUGUAUUUAUUUCUUAGUUUGUUUCCUUUAAAAUAUAUAUGUUAAACAAGAAAAAAAGAUAUAUAUUUACAGUGUUGAAAACUAGAAGUGCACCCCUACAAGGUGAUAUGGAUGUGAUUUUAGGAAUAAAGUGAUCUUUUGUGCUUAA